UCAUUUGAAAAAUUACAGUACUGGGAAUCUCGGGUAUUUCUAAUCAUAAUAAUGGAUAACUUCAUCACUAAUAUAAAAAAUAAAAUAAUGUUACCAGGACGAGACCAAACGGAAGAGCAUUCAAAGAAUAUCGCUCCCCUGAUUCCUAUGCCAGAUAUAGACGAUAUGACUGCUUCCCCACAACGCGCACCCGAGCCGCCCGCCUCGGAUGUUUCCCAGAUCCAGAAUGAGCAGGAAAACAGCUCCGAAGAGGCCGCCAGUACACCCAGUUUCUACCCAACCAAAACCCUGCUAAAGUCAUUCGUGCCAUCAACCGAUAAAUCAAAGCAAGAAGAAGAACCGAAACAUGUUCCGAAUCCAAUAGAGGAUGACAUUUUUAUAUACUACGAUUAAUAUCCGAUUAAUAUUUUACAGAAAAUUAAAGAGUUCAA